AUGAACGAUAAACUUGCAGAGAAUAUGGUGUUCCCUGAUCAACAACACAUCACGGAAUUAUGGACUCAUCUUGCACAAGCCGAAGAUAAAUUGACAUGGCCUCGAGCCUGUAUGCGGGAAGCGCACAACGAGAGCGGGACGGAGCUCCUCCAGUGCAAGGCACCUGGUCGCGAUGUGGACAAUAUCACCGUCGUGGAAUACGACCGAGUCAAGGAGAUCGAUAUCCAGAUACUUCAGGUGCGGCAUCGCCAAGAGAACUGUUAG